AUGGCAUGUACUUCACUUACUACGCAGCAGUUUAUGAAGUCAAUUAUUAGAAGGCGACAGGAAAAGCAAAAAAUGGAAGUGGAAAUGUUUUUAAGAAACAAAAAUCGAGCAACGAAGCGGGUUUUAUUAGAAAUUGACGAUGAGCAAGAAAUGUUGGGGGCGAUUGGUUUGUGUUCUGUGGUAGCAAGAAAGAAACCUAGAAAGUUACGAGAUCAAGAUGAAGCAAGAGAUACUUCGUGGUGGGAACAUGGAUACAAAAAUUGGAGUGAUGCUGCGUUCAAAAAGCGCCUACGAAUAAAUAGAGAUACAUUUCAUUUUUUGCUGGGAGAUAUAAGAAGCAAACUUGUAAGAACUCCCACUCGUUUCAAACCGCGUCCUAUUCCCCCGCACACUAGGCUAGCAAUUUGUCUAUACAGGCUGGCGCAUGGGUGUACCUUCAGUACCCUAGGAGACCUGUUUGGUGUAGCUGAAUCAACUGCUUCAGUCAUUUUUAAUGAAGUAUGCAAGAUAUUGGUUUCAACAUUUUAUGACAAAUAUGUUUAUUUGCCACGAAACCAGUCAGAGUGGAAAGAAGAACUCCGAAAUUUCCUCGAGAAUUGGGAAUUCCCAUGUGUUGGGGCAUGGGAUGGUUUCCAUGUUUACGUCAGCACAAAAUUAAAAAAUUACUUUAGCUUCAAGAAGCGUUACUCAGUCUCUUCCAUGGGAUUUGUUGCUGCAGACAAGAGGUUUUAUUGGGCAGCUGUUGGGGCACCUGGAUCAACACAUGACUCAAGGUUACUCCGGAGCUGCACCCUAUUUCAUGAAAUUCAACAGGGACAUGUCUUUCCCAAGGCUUCUCUAAGAACAAAUGAUUAUGGAGAUAUACCCAUCACAACAGUGGGUGAUUCAGCUUUUCCACGUUACCCCUGGCUGAUGAAGCCAUAUAAUGAAAAUACAAGAGAUCCUAUUAAACGCUAUUUUAACAAAAGACUAUGUUCAGCUCGGGUUGUUACAGAACAUGCCUACGGAAUGCUUAAGGGACGAUGGAGAAAAGCUUUUAGAGAGAAGUAG